GCACGAGCCUGAACGUCCGCAGGAGGAAAAACGGCUAAGAAGGAGAGGAGAACCGAGGAGGAUUUCAGAAAAAACACGUUCGUUUCUGUUUUUAUCCGCGCGGGUCGCUUCUUCCCGGUGCGUCCCUCCUUCCUCCCUCCUCCUCCUAAUCCUCCACCUCCUCUUCCUCCUUCUCUCUCGCCGAUAUCGAUCUAUAAGGUGAUCGGCGAUCAUAUUUUCUCCGGCUCGACGCUUGUUGACUACAGCUGACUCAGGAAGGAAGGAGGGAUAUAAAGGACGGAAGAAAAGCAAAGGAAGGAAGUAAAGUAGGCAAGUGGAUUUGUGACGGGGGCCAGAAGACCACCAAGCCGCACCGCACCCGGAGAUGGAGGGCAAAGAGAAGGCACCGGCAGAGCCACAGCUGAAGGGCAUUGUGACACGUCUCUUCAGUGAGCAGGGUUUCUAUCUGCAGAUGCAGCCUGAUGGAACCAUCAGUGGAAACAAGGACGAGAACAGCGACUACACUCUGUUUAACCUGAUCCCAGUGGGUUUGAGGGUUGUGGCCAUCCAGGGAGUGAAAGCUGGACUCUACGUGGCCAUGAACGCAGAGGGAUUCCUCUACACAUCAGAUGUGUUCACAGCAGAGUGUAAGUUUAAGGAGUCUGUGUUUGAGAACUACUACGUCAUCUACUCGUCCACGCUGUACCGGCAGCAUGAGUCUGGCCGGGCCUGGUUCCUGGGCCUCAACAAGGACGGAGUCAUCAUGAAGGGAAACCGAGUGAAGAAAACUAAACCCUGCUCACACUUCGUCCCCAGACCCAUCGAAGUCUGUAUGUAUAAGGAGCCGUCGCUGCACGAGCUCGAGGAGAAGCUGCAGAAAUCCUCGCGGAGCCCGACGAUGAACAGCGAGGAGCGGGGAGGGAGCCUGGAGGGUCAGCAGCAGCAGCAGGAGGACUCCACAGUGCAGGACGGGUCAUAGCCUGCAGCGCCCCCCACAGGAGGAGGAGGAGGAGGAGG